ACCCGCGUCCUUUCACCAUUCCCUCGCAUCUUCUUUCCUGCUCUAGCGUCCCAGAUAGUAAGAUCCCUAAAACGAGCCCAAACCUCUCAGUUACUUUACCAAACCACAGAAGAUGGAUAUCGACGUAACCAUGGUCCCAGCAGGCGAGGCCAGCUCAAGCGUCGCCGGACCUUCAUCUUCCACCAAGAAGCCCAAACGUUUCGAAAUCAAGAAGUGGAAUGCCGUCGCUCUUUGGGCCUGGGAUAUUGUUGUGGAUAAUUGUGCGAUUUGCAGGAACCAUAUUAUGGAUCUAUGCAUUGAGUGCCAAGCGAAUCAAGCAAGUGCUACCAGUGAGGAGUGCACUGUUGCCUGGGGGGUGUGCAAUCAUGCUUUUCACUUCCACUGUAUCAGCCGAUGGCUCAAAACCCGCCAAGUGUGCCCUCUUGAUAAUAGUGAGUGGGAAUUCCAGAAGUAUGGCCACUAGAAUCAAUGGCAGCAAGCAGAGCAUCCUGGGUCCAAAAUUUAAGUUGUGUGAAUCAGAACCUGAAAGUAAGAAGGCCAGUCUCCAGUCUCUAACAUUGUAAUAGAUCAUAGUAAUGUAUUGGAUCAACAGUGUUUCUGAAUUUUUCCCAGCAGUCUUUAAACCCGUUUUGUCGGGUCAGAUGGUUCAAUUUCCUUGUGACCAAUACAUCAUUUAUGCAAUGUUAUGAUAUCGGUUUGUGGUUGCUUAA